UCCAGUUGGCCCCGAGACACCGACACGGGAGGACUAAGUGCAUCGUGGCGACGCGCUCCUCUCUCUCUCUCUCUCCUUCUCUCCCUCGAGUCACUUACCAGUGGCAGGCGCUGCAGCAGGUACUGGAGGGUUGUGGUGCCGGUUGGGCAGUGUACCCCGCUACGCACCUCCUUCUUUGUGCUUAACCAGAGAGGCUUUAUGUGAUUGUUAAGAGAUUUUGUAAAAAUAAAAAAAUGUAUAUACAGACUGACUAAAUAGUGUAUUCUUGAAGAGUUUCUGGUGAAGUGUUAAUUACGGUUUAGCGUGUGACAGCGGCUUACUCUUGGAACUCAGACCUCGAACUACAUUUUCCCUGGAUGGUGCGAGAUAUAUUAAUGUUCUUUUGCUAUAUUUUUCUCUCGGUAGUACUUCACUCUUAGUCAAAUGUUAAGCAUUUUACUAACUUAUUUUGCAGAAAACUGUGUUCUGUAAAAUGGUUUACAAUAAUAUAUCUCGCUACUAUAUUGAGUUCUUUUAAACAACAUUUUUCAAGCAUAAACACUGAUAACCAACUGAGCUUGAAUAUAUGUAUUGAACAUUUUAGAAAUCAAAUUCAUUGUUGGUACACCAUGAUCGACAGUGUUGCCAAAUAUUAGUGACAACUGGAAGUGAUUUUAGACACUUUUUGUUCGGGCACUGGAAGGAUGGCACCGGUGCCUCCACUACCGCGUCUGGGGAUGCUGCAGCUGCCUCUCUGGACUCUUCUGACUGUAUGCUGCGUCCUGGCUCAAGAGCCGGCCGUCGCCUACAUCGAUCCCGAAUUAGAAGCUUUGGUGAGACGGUAUGAGGUUGAGGGCCUGGCGGGGGAGGAGGUCCGCUUGCCGUGUGAGGUGGACAAGGCCUCCUGCGGGGACUUCCACAGCAUCAAGUGGUACAAAGGCAACGACAGAGUCUUCAUCUUCUCCGACAUGGCCAACGUCAAGCGGGCCGAAGGGCCACUACUAGACAGAACGGACUUCCACUACGCGGCCAACGGCACGGACAGCAGCCUGGAGAUCUUCCCCCUACGGACGGAGGACGAAGGAUUAUACAAGUGUGAGAUCACGUACCUGGCCGUACGUGAGGCGUGCUCUGUCGUGCAGUUCGUCAACCUCACAACCUAUGCACUGCCGUCGUACCUUCAGAUGACCUUCGAAGACGGGUCGCCCAUCGAGAACGCCACGGUGGUGGGCCCCUUCGACGAGGGCGUCUCCCUCACCCUCGUCUGCGAGUCUGGCGGGGGCAAGCCCGUGGCCAGGGUGUCUUGGUGGAACGGUAGCCAGACCCUCCCAGGAGAAUACUCAGGCAUCUUGGAGCAGGACGGAGCGGGCGUGGGCAGGAACACUCUACGGGUGUCCCUCUCCAGGGCCGACCUGGGCACCACCAUCACCUGCGAGGCGGACAACGCCGCCAUGACCUCCCCCUUCGUGGCCUUCGUCACUGUCGAUCUCAAUGUGCCACCGGUGAGCGUGACGGUGACGGGGGCCGAGGCAGCGACCUACGAGGGGGAGGAGGUUACCCUCAACUGCCUGGUGAAGGGAGCUCGUCCGGCCGCCACCGUCACCUGGUUCAACGGCUCUGUUCCAGUGGAGGACGCGCCCACCCUCGUCAAUGUCCAGGAGGACUCGAGCGAGACCCGUCUUGCUGAUGACACCUUCGAGACCCGGAGUAACCUGAACUUCGAGGUCACCCGCUUCGAGAAUAGCCAGAGGUUCUCCUGCCAGGCCUCCAAUGUCGUCCUCCAGAACAGGAACCACAAGCCUAUGAGCAGUGGUGUCAGCCUUGAUGUUCAUUAUGCACCCAUCGUCCGAGUGAGUCCAGAGAACAUUACCGUCAAUGAGUCCAUGGAUGUACUCAUCUUCUGCCAGUACACCGCCAACCCCUCCAAGCUCACCCACGUCUACUGGUACCAGGACGGGCGGCAGGUGGACGUCGCCGGGUACCCAGAGAAAUAUGGCAAUGGCAACGUGGAUCACCCGUCCUUGCUCAUCAAGAACAGCUCGGCCGGGGACAUGGGCGAGUACACCUGCAGGGUCUCCAACUCCGUCGGCGCCUCUGAGGUCACCAACUCCGCCUUCGUCAGCGUCCAGUACCGUCCCCAGGUCCAGGUGGUGAUGGAGCCGAUGCAGCCCGUGUCCGAGGAGGACCGUGUCAACGUCACCCUCAACUGCGACGUGGUGAGGGCCAACCCAGAAUACCUCGUCCGUGUCCGGUGGUACCUGGACGGGGAACUCUUGAAGGAACUGCCGGAGUGCGACGGCAACUCGACAAUGUACGGCACCAACUCGGAGCUCUGCGACAUCGACCCCUCCAAGCUGCUCUUGGAGAACGUCUUCAAGGACUUCCACGGCAACUACUCCUGCGAGGGGAUGAAUGACGCCGGCUGGGGCACCCGCUCCAACGAGGCGGAGCUCAUCGUCCACUACCCCCCAGGCCAGGCCUUCAUCACCUACGAGCCCCCCAUGGUCGUCAAGGGCCUGUCGCUGGAGUUGACCUGUAACGUGGAGGACCCAGGCAGGCCGGCGGCCACCACCUUCAGGUGGUACCGGGGCUCCCGCCUGGUGGCCGACGAGACCUCGGCCUCCUGGACCAUCAACCCCGUGUCGCUGGAGACCGAAGACAACUUCACCUGCGUCCCCGUCAACAUCGAGGGGGAGGGGGAGAGAGCCGUCCUCCAAGUCGAUGUUUUGGCUGCUCCAGUGUUCAUCUACCGCCUGCCACACUACCACGGGGCCCUCAUGAACUCGGCGCAGGUGUCACUCUCCUGCAGGGUUGAGUGUUCCCCGCUGUGUACCAUCACCUGGCUCAAGGACGACCUCCCCUUCCUCAACGACACUCACUACAAGGUCAAGAACAGCGUCAUGCUCCCGGAUCCUUCCUCAGGCGACCUGGAGAGUGUGUUGUCGGUGCUGACCUGGCAGAUGGACCGCUGGCCUGAUGGUGUCCUCGACAGAGACCAGGACAACGCCAACUACACCUGCAGCAGUUCCUCCAACGUGGCUGGGCCGGGAGUUACCUCCAACACCUACUUCAGGGUCGAGUACCCGCCGGAGGAGAUCGUAGUGUCCGACUCGUAUAUCCAGGUGGUGGAGGGAGAGAUCCCCCCGAAGAUCGAGUGCCGGGCCUCCAGCUACCCCGAGGCCACCUACAUCUGGACGUACGGCGAGAAGACGGUGUCGACGGGCGCCGUCCUCCACCUCGACUACCCCAUCGAGAGGAAUCGCGCUGGAGACUACGAGUGCAUCGCGCAGAACCGUCAUGGCCAGAUGACCUCCACCUCCACGUUCGAUAUUUUAUUCAAGCCGGAGUGCAAGAUUGACCGGCUGGACGGAGGCAGCGGAGAGGACGCCCAUAUUCUCCUCAUCUGCCGCGCCGCUGCCAAUCCGGAGGAAGUCGUCUUCAGGUGGCGUAUGCUGAACGAGACGCUGACGCAGGACGUUGCGUCAGAAGGGCUGGAGUCCCGACUGCGUCUCCCAGCCACCGCGGCGUCGCUGGGCACCUACUACUGCUACGUUAACAACACCAUCGGGGAGUCUAUACCCUGCGAGAUCGACGUCACAGGUGUCGCAGGAAUCAUUGAGAAGCUGGGCGACGACAACAUCAUCGUCAUCUCCGCCAUCGUCGCCGCCGUCAUCGUCCUCGUCCUCAUCAUCUGCGUCGUCAUCAUCGUCAUCUGCCGCAGGCAAAGACAAGCCGGAAAAUACAACGGUGCAACCAGCUUACAGGAGAGAGAGAACCCUGAAGGGACCUCGCUCCGCCCCGACCCCUUCUCCCCCGUGUCAGUCCAACCCGUGCACAAGUGGCCCCUUCGCCCCGGCGUCCAUGUGCACCUCAACUCUCUCACUAGCCUGACGGACGACGCAAAGUGCUUACACAACAACAACACCAUGACCAACCUCUCGCUCCCUCCUACCACCGCCCCUCCACCACCACCCCUCAACCACCAUCCCUAUCACCCUCUCCACCACCACCACCACCCUCUGGCCAACCACAACCACCAGCCCAGCCUCUCCCACCCUCUCCACCCUCACCAGCAGUACCCUACGUUAGACAAUAAACGAAGAGGGUCUAGCCUUCGUAAGCUUAAUAACUCCCACUCCUUGCCGCGUCAAGCUUCCCUGGACAUCCCCAGGGAGAGUCUGGCGCCGGUGUCGCCCCCCUCACCCACCCACCUCUCUCACCCCUCUUCUGCGACUAACAACACCACCAGCAAACUAAGACCUAAAAGUGCUGUUUCUGACUUAGACGUUAACUUUCACACGGGGAGUUCAGUCGUGGUACAGAACAAGGCAGACACCAGCGACGGGUCAACGAGCGGACGGAAAAGAAAAAAGCCAGGUCAAGAUCCUGAAGCCUCAAAGCCCCCACCUACUGGUCCUAAGGAUAAUGGCGUACCCUCGCAACCCGACGAUGAGAAACAGACCUUCUAUGAGAACCUUCCCUUCCACGGCAUGCAGCCACCCCCCAACAAGCAGGACGCUCCGGAGGUGGCAGGCUCCGGUGUGGUGGGAGGAGGAGGAGGUGGUAGUGCAGGAGGCAGUCGACCUCCGAGCCAGCUGAGUCAGCAGGCAUCUUCCGGUUACGGAUCAACCCGAAGCAGGAAGGGCGUCAAUCUCAAUCAGUCUUGCUCAGAGGAGGGCUCUAAGGAUUCCCAGAAGGUGCCAGGGAGGCGAGACGUAAGUUUCCGCCAGGAUGUAGAGCAGAUGGAAGAUGAGAAGGAUUUCAAUCGUCUUCAGAGGCAGAAUUCAGAGUCUUACGGAUCUAUGAGAAGCACGUCAGAGAAGGUUGGCAAAAGUGCUCUGGCCAAAACAGCUGCUUAUUUUUCAAUGAGACUUCCUGGAAAUAAGAGAAAGUCGAGAGCCAAAGGCAACAGUGAAGAAAAUCAUCAAAUGAUUGACCAGCAGCCUUCCAUACAAGCUAUCCCUCUCAAAGACUCUUCUCCCUCGCCUCUGAGAGAGUGUGAAAGCGAGGCUCUAGCUCCGGGCCAACAAACUACACACUUUACAUCUGAAACGAAACACACCAUCACAUCAGAACCGACUCAGACAACUCUAAUAGUAGAAUCUAGUCAGACGUCCAAGCUCACAGUUCUCACUAGACCCCCGUCAAGGGCAGAGUCUAAUAACAACUCUAUAUACUCAGAUAAUUCCACCAAUCAGAAUAUUCCACGCCCAGGCAGAACCACUAAUGCAACCAAUCACGAGUCCUCCUCUGACCCAAGAACAAGUGACGUCGCGGGAACCGCAGAUGCCAUGCCGACGCCAGCGCCACGGAAUGGUAGCGGUGGGAGAGUCACCCACACGUACCAGAAUAUUCCACUCCCUACCAAAGACAAACUUGCUCAACACCUCUCACAUCAACAGCCACAUCAUGUAUUGCCUGAGAACCGGAAGCCCGCCAACUACGGGUCAGCUCAGAAUCCUACGCCUAGCUCCUCGUCAUCGUCCUCCUCCCCUUCCUCAACCCACUACCAGCCACAGUACCAACCACAGUACCAGCCACAGUACCAGCCACAUUACCAAAGAAAUCCGCCGACAUACAAACAAUACCCAUCAUCUUCAUCGCUAAAAGAGUCCCAACCCCCACCUCCGUCAUACAACGCAUCAUCACGCCAGUCAUAUUCAUCAUCAACGUAUCCACACAGAUUGGAGAACCAAUCACAUCCUGCCACAUCCUACCCAAACAACCAGUCGCAUCCUGCCACGUCCUAUCCCAGUACCCAAUCCCAGAGUUCUAAAGCAUACCCACAGUCCGUAAACAGCCAAUCCCACCUCUCCAAAUACCCCCCCGGAGUGGUGUACGCAGACCUGGCCCUAUCCCGUAACGGCCAGCCCAACCAGUACAGAAGAGAUCUUAACACGGAGUAUGCCAUCCUUCAGUUUAAUGGUCCUAUUGUAGGGCAGGAAAUCGACGUUUAAAAAAAGCCGUUCCUUACUAACCUGGGCGGAGGCGAUUUGGAGUACGCCGAUGUGGACUACGCCACCUACAACUACGGCCCCAUCCCCUACAAGGCCGCCUCCAUCACCAACGCCCAGGAGAAGAAGGCCGAACACGAGGCCGAGUUGCAGGGAGUACCCGUCCGGCCCCCAAGGAAGAAGCAGUGAAGUUGGCCCACAGUGUAGGACGCCUCAGUUAAG